AUGUACAGGGGAUCUGAUCCUAGAUCAACCCUGAUCUUCAGAGGAAAUAUUACUUCCUGUAUUAUUGACCACUGUUUUCAUUCUAGAAUCCCUGACCAAUCCGGAUCCGGAUCCGGAUCGUCACCUGAUGACAGAGAGGUCUUCAGUCAGACACUGGGUCCUGAUGACAGAGAGGUCUUCAGUCAGACACUGGGUCCUGAUGACAGAGAGGCCUUCAGUCAGACACUGGGUCCUGAUGACAGAGAGGUCUUCAGUCAGACACUGGGUCCUGAUGACAGAGAGGUCUUCAGUCAGACACUGGGUCCUGAUGACAGAGAGGCCUUCAGUCAAACACUGGGUCCUGAUGACAGAGAGGUCUUCAGUCAGACACUGGGUCCUGACGACAGAGAGGUCUUCAGUCAGACACUGGGUCCUGAUGACAGAGAGGCCUUCAGUCAGACACUGGGUCCUGAUGACAGAGAGGUCUUCAGUCAGACACUGGGGAUGAACAUUAAAGUAGUGGAGGAGGAGGAGCUGGAGGACUUGAGUCAAACUGUUGGGGUGACAGUUAAAGAAGAAGAGGAAGAGGUGGAGCUGGAGGACUUGAGUCAAACUGUUGGGGUGAUUGUUAAAGAAGAAGAGGAUGAUGAGGAAGUCAGCAGAUUCAUUCUGUCCACAGUAGAAGAAGUGGACUGGGAGGCUGUUGAACUUAGAGAGAGUCCUAACCACUGCUCAGACUGUGAGGAGAGACCUCCCCAGCAGGAGAAUCACACAGCUAAACACCAUCAUCACCACACAGAGAACACAAGCCUAACUCCUGCUCCGACUCUAUUUGAAGGACCUGAUCAAAGCCAUUGAUUAGGAAAUAAUUAGGUUCAUGAUAUCAUUUAGUUACUGUACCCUAUUACAGAUAUGUCUGUUUAAUUAAUUGUAUUUGA